AUGGCGGACGUUGAGACGCCCUCCACGGGAGGGCCGGUGAAACCAGCCAAGACGAGGGCCCCGCCGAGCCCCAUCAUCCCCAAGGCUCUCGCGGCGCUGGCCAUUGCCACGCUGGUGGCCAUCCCCGUGGUGGUGCCUCUUGUCGUGAUGAAGGUCACCGGCCGCAGCGGCCGCCAGUGGUCGACGCUCGCAGACGCAAUCGAGGCGCCGCCGAACGUUGUCGUGACGCCGAACGAGGAGGUGUCGAAGGAAGAGGUCAAGGAGGCGUUUUUGAAGAUCACAGACCAGACGUUUGAGCGCUUCUGCCGCCCCUACUACACUGCGGGCUUCAACGCGUACGAGCUGGUGGAGGCAUCCAUGGUGUCGAAGCGCGCGGAGACUGUUGACAACCUUUCUGGCGCGGACAUCGUGGACCAGACCCUGCGGGACGCGGCCGCCAGCGGCAUCAACACGAUCCGCAUGUGGGCCCACACCACCACCAGCCUCUACCCCUUCCAGACGGCGCCUGGCGUGUACGACGAGCGCGGUCUCAAGGCGCUGGACUUUGUGCUGGAGACGGCGCGCAAGUACGGCCUGCAGUUUAGGAAGCGCCAACUGCCGAGCAACCGGCCGCAAGACCGCCCGGCCGCCUAA